CCUCCCCCUUGCCCCCGUCUCCCCCUACCCAUCGCGUUAGCUGUUGUAAACAAAUAAUACUAUAUAGUUACAUGCGAAGUGACGUAUUAUCGCAUUCGUAUCAAUUCUGAUCACUGCUUCAUAGAAGGUAGUUGAAUUGUUUGACAACAGCUAUGUCUGAGGCUACAAGGGGUGACGACCGAACGUGUUCUACUUUGAUCAAGAAACGGAUGAAGCCCAUUAUUGCAACAGAGUGCUCACUCCCUUGGGACGUUGUAAGGAUGGUCCCAUAUCAUGACCGGGCGGACGACUUUCUUGGUCCAUUUUUAGUGCACAACUAUGAUGAUGAAACACAACCCAACAGCGAGCUAUUCAGGAUUCGUUUCACCUGUCACGGUGGAAGAAUUAAGAUUUUGGUGAAAUCAGGACAGCUGCCAAGAACUAAAGACUUACUGGUAGAGGCGCACAUGUUAACAACCCUUCGAAAUCUCGAAGACAACGACGACUCCUUCAACCCACUGACAUGGCCAUUACCUUUAGAAUAUAGAUCAUCUUUCACAAUUCCUGCUACGAGUGUGAGUUCCUGGAAAUUGUUUUCUGUCCUUCAAUCCCAACUACGCUGCUUAACAUUGAGACUGAAGGUGUAUGCUAAAGAGCCUUAUCCUGCAGACUCCCUUAUUGACUUUUUGAACUCAUCUCGGAGGUCAGACUCCCCUUUUACUGAUAUUCGGCUUCAAGUUGAUGGCCAAGACUUCCCUGCUCACAAGGCUGUUCUCAGUGUUAAUAGCUGUGUUUUCAUGGCUAUGUUCACGAGCGACUUUAAAGAAAAGACUUCUGAUACGGUUGUUAUUGAAGGUGUGUCCAAAAAGGCUUUUGGUAGAUUUCUAGAUUAUCUCUACACUGAUUUAGACACAGGUUUGGAGGGAUGUGAGCUGGAACUCCUAGAUCUUUCUGAGCGUUACCAGGUGGAGCGGCUCAAGAAGGCUUGCGAGAUGUACAUGUGGGAUCUGGACGGGCCGAGCGCCCUCAGGAUCCUCAUGGAGGCGCACAAGUGUCCGGUCGUGACCGCCGCUAUGACGAACCGCCUGUGCCAACUGGUGGCCGCCAGCUGGCGGUCCUUGGGGGACUCGGACGAGUGGCGGGCGCUGCAAGCAGGCAACCCAGUGGCGGCGGGCUUCAUCCAGGCCUUCGCGGCCGUCGCUACUCCGCCCGUCACCAAACAUUUCAACACAAGACCUCCCUCGGAGGAGGCUUCCAGAAAGCGACCCUCCUCGCCGUAACAAAUGUUUUCCUCCAUCUUGCCGCGCUUGAUCUUGAUUUUAAUACAUGUGUGUUGCAUGGUGUGGAAAGGAGCCGAAACAGCAGUUUUAAUUCUCAUAGUGCCUUGUUCUUCAGUACUAUUUUGUUGACUACAGAAUUUCUUUUCUGUGAAUAUUGAUUAAAAUUAUGUUUUAAAUUUAA